AUGGAUGAAGACAGAGACCGAGGUUUACCCAAGGGCUCGGUGGUGCCAAGACCGGAGACAGCAGCCGAGCAAGUUGCGCCGGUACCCAAAUUUGAUUUAGCGGGGACAUCCCGUAUUAUUGUUGCUACCAAUAAAAGGCGGAGAAAGCCCUUGGAAAAAGGGCAGAAACCGAAGAAAAGGGCAAGGAGCGUCGUUCAGACUCCAAGAGAUGAAGUAGAGCCUGAUUUAAUUAUCCGAAGGGUCGGUGUGGCCCCCUCCGUCGAGUCUGUUCCGGAGGAAGAAGCCACCGUUCCACCAUUUCCUUCAGUCGGGGAAGGACCUUCCGCUCCGGCUCUGCACACAGGUGAUGUUUCAUCUGAGGAGACUCCCUUGCAAAGGACUAGGAGAUCCGGGCUCGACUCGACUGCCGAGGCCGAGCAAGGAGCUGAGCCAAUAUCUGACACCGAGGCUUUAGUGGAUACCGGCUCACUGCCCGCUGGGGACCCAGCUGCAACAUCCGAGGCACCUGAUCCUACCGAGGCUGCUGGUGCUGCUCCGGCUUCCCCAACUCCAGCUCCGAUGUCGGAUAACUUUGAUGAUAUGUUCUCGGAUACUCCUCCUGCAACCAGGGAAGCUUCCGGGUCGGGAAACGGAGAGUUCCAGCACCUUUUGCAAGUGAAGGCGGAUCAAUUGAGCCGAGCAGCUGCCCUUUCCACCCUUCAAUCCGAGCUCGAAGCAGCGAAGGCCAAAAAAUUUCGGUUGAGGGAUGAGUUAGCCGAAAUGGUCGAAAAGAACCGGCUCCUGGAAGCGGACAAAGUCGGCCUUAGCCAAGAUAAUGCUCGUUUUUCUUCGAGGCUUGGUGAACUCGAGGCCACUAUCUCUCAACUUCGGAGAGAGCUUGACUCGAUCAGGACUGAUGCCGUGAGCAUGGCCAAGAGGCAUCGGCUGGGUGAAUCCGAGAAUGCUGAGUACAAGGACAAGAUGAGGGUAUUCCAAGAGAAAGUCGAGGAUAGGGCUCGAAUAUGCGACGAGCUAAAAACCAAACUCGAGGAGACAGCCGAGGCCAAUGACCUUCUCAAGGCCGAGCUCGAGUGGGCUACUCAAGUCCAAAGAAUCCUUGAUGUAGAGAGAGAGAAAUUAGUGGGCAAACUGGCCCAGGCUGAGGCCGGUUUGGCAGAGGCCCUUAAGAAUGUGGAGUACAAUUUGUCCGGGGAUUUGAUCAAGUGGUUUGCCCAUGGGACUUAA